UGAUUUGCUAUUUGCAUGUCAAGCCAUACAUAAUUUUCUUCAGUUCAGUUUAGUCUUUAUUCAUUCUCUGACUCACUUAUAAUUCUGUCCCACAAUUAAGCUAUCAAUUUUCCAAUUUAAUGGCUUCUUUAUCUUCAUCUUCAUCUUCUACACAUCAAUGGAAGUACGACGUGUUCCUGAGUUUCAGAGGGGAAGACACCGGCAAAAGCUUCACUGACCAUCUUCAUAGAGCUCUGUGUCAAAGAGGAGUCAAGACUUUCAUGGAUGACAAGCUCAGUAGAGGGCAAGAGAUCUCUCCAGCACUUGUAAAAGCAAUCGAAGAGUCCAGAUUCUCCGUCAUCGUUUUCUCUGAAAAUUAUGCUUCUUCAACAUGGUGUCUGGAGGAACUUGUCAAGAUUAUUGACUGCACCAAAGUGAUGGGACAUGCAGCUUUACCAGUUUUCUACAAUGUGGAUCCCUCUCAUGUGAGGAAACAGACAGGGAGUUUUGCACAAGCAUUUGCUAAGCAUGAAGAGGUUUAUAAGGAGCAGAUGGAGAAAGUGAUCAAGUGGAGAGUGGCUUUGACUGAAGCUGCCAAUAUUUCUGGAUGGGAUUCUCGAGAUGGGUAUUUUUAACUGCAAUUUUUUUUUCCUUUGCCUUCUAGGUGUAUGAUGUAAUGAUGCUGAAACUUUAAAGCUUGCAUAGCCAUAUAAAAUUGGAAAUCAUAGGAUGAUCAAUAGAGAGAUUGAUCCAAGAUGAUUGACUUAAACCCAUGUAUGGAUUAAGUUGUAUUUUGCUGCCUGUGACUGAAUGAUGUUUAGAUGAACAUGAUCUCACAUAUGCAAGGAAAUCUCUCCAUGGCUGUGAUCAAAAUUAUGAAGAUGGAAUAACUUGGAUCCAAUGCACCAACAUAUCGAGCUUUUCUCGACCCUCAUCAAAUUGUGAUUUCAACCCACUUGACCAUAAUAUCAAU